AUGGAGAAUAUAGAGAAUGAUGAUUAUAAAGAAGAUGAAAGAAAAGAAGAUGAAGAAGAAAAUUCCAUCGACAAAAAUGUUCAGGAUAAAUCGGAAACAGAUUUUAUCGCGGAUCAUAUGGACUAUCGAAUAAGAUGGAUCCGCGACAGGGUAUUGAAGUUUCUCGGGCUGACUGAUCAGGAACAUCUUUUCGACGACCUUAUUAAUGCGAAUAACCGGUACUUCGAGGACAAGCUACUUAACUUUCUUAUAUUAGAUUUGUACGGAGUGACGGAUCUGGAGAAAAAAUUGAUCUUCUUCUACAAAACUUACGUCAGUGAAAUAAUUCAGGAGGAAAUUUCAGUGUGGGAGGAAAGAAAAGUAGAGAUAUAUGAUGAUGAGAAGAAGAAAAAAUUAAAGAAAAUCCCCAAAAAAGUUAAAAAAGGCAAAGUGCAACCUGGCAAAAUAAGUCCGGUUCCUAUAGCAAUAAGCACCAGUACCCUGCAUACGCCUAGUAUACCAGAAUCUACCGAGGAAGAAGAAGACGAAGACGAAGACGAAAGAGAACAGAACGAAAGCGAUGAUCUUUUUAGAAAGAAGGAAGAUUUAAAAAGCCUUUCUGAGAUUUCCUAUUUUGCACCACCGCCCGGAGAAGAAGAUAAAUAUAUUCUAACUAAGAAAUUGGUGGAGAAAGUUAUACAGAUACCGGCGCUUCACAUAAUAUGCGGUCAGAUAGACGGCAACAGAACCGAUCUGCAGGGCAUCACGUUCUUCUACUUCAUGCGCUCCAGUGAUGAGGGUAUACCUUCUUUCGAUAGUUACGAAGAGUGCCUUGAUAGGAUCCCGAAUUAUAUAGUGGUCGGCUCGCUCGACAGCAGAUUCCUGGCUUCUUUGAAUAACAUACUGGUUAAUGUAUUUAAACCAUUGAUGGAAAAUCAAUUCAGAGAAUCGGAGCCAUUACAGGUUGAAAAAAGAAAAGAGGUGGACGAUGAGAUGCUAAUGCAACCACCAUCCGCCUUUCUGGCACCAUCUGUAUUAAUAUCUGAACCAGUUUUGCCUGCAAGAAGAAAGGAGAACAUUGAAGAAAUAAUCUCACAAGAAAGUUUGAAAGAUAGCAAGGUAAAGUCAAGUUUUAGAAAAUUUCGAGGAUCCGAUAUAUCAAAACCCAGCAGAUCAUACAGUUUGAGCGAGUUGAGAAAAAAUCCAAUGGUUGAACAAAUCAAGAAAGAUAUUUUAGAUUAUCUCGAUAAUUUGAUCGAGAGCACGGAAUGGACAUUGGAGCAUAUCGAAGGCGAUAUCUUGCUGGCGAUGCCAAACAUUCCAGAGCUCAACGAUCCUGCAAUAACAGACGAUAUGUUACUUCAGAAUAAAAAAAUCGUCGAACAAAUGGAAGAAGUAAUUAUGUCGUGGGAAAAACAUAUACUGAAGAUAAUGGAGUCAUACAUGAACAAAGUGAUUCCGGAGAAAGGUCUAUUAGCAAUAUAUCAAUAUUGGCAAGAUUAUGAGACUGGAUUUACGAUGUUGAUUGAACAAUUGAAAAUGCCCAUCAUUAAAAGAAUCCUCGCUCUUCUCGAAAAAAUAUAUUCGCCGAUUUCCUCGAGUUUUCAAUAUUUCCAAGCAGAAUUAUGGAAGCACUACGUCGAAGCUACAGACAACAAUAAGUUUAUUCAAACUCUCAUGAGAUACUUCAAGUUGAUUACUGAAUCGGAUUCGUUCGAAUCUAUAGCAGAAUGCAUACCUUCAUUGAUGGAGGGACUGCGAAUGCUCUGGGUGUUAUCUAGUUAUUACUGCCGCGAGGAUAAAAUGAUACUUCUGAUGGACCGGAUAUCAUGGCAACUCUGCGAAAAUGUCAGGCGUAAUCUGGCUAUCGUCUCUCUAUUCAAGAAACCUUUAGAAGAAAUUCUAAAAAAGACAAGCACAGGCAGCACGAUGCUGAGACAAUGGAAAACCUCAUACUUAAAGACCCGAAUGGAUAUCGAGGUAUCGGGAAAGGGAAUCCGUUGGGAAUUGGAUCAGAAACACCUCUUUCAGGACACAGAGUACAUCGCCGAGGUGUGCAGCGACCUGCACAAGAUCGCUAACGUGCUUGAAGAUUUCUACAACAUCUUCGGACCCGAUCUCAAAUCUAUCAUAAACGAUCCAGCGCAGAUCGAUGCUGUAGUUAAGCAAGUGGACGCCCUAGUGGUACCGAUCGAGGAAGUUGAUUUUGACAUUUUCAACGUAUUUAAUAAGGAGAACUGGGAGGCUCUGACCGCGUGGUUCUACGAGCAGGUGACAUAUCUGGAAGAUAAAGCCAAGUUCUACAUCGACGAAUGCUUUACGGUGUUGAUCAGCGCUGAGAACGCGCUGGAGAUGUUGCUGAAGUUUAAGAAUAUAAAGACCCGUGCCUCCAUUCAAAGCCUGCUGCUACGCAAAUUUGACCUGAUUAUGCAGCAAUUCAGCAAAGAGAUUAAUAUCGUGGAAAACAUAUAUAACCGCAAUAAACGACAGCCGCCAUUGCUGACGUAUCAUCCGCCGAUGGCGGGAGCAAUCUUCUGGGUGAGACAGCUAUUCCACAGAUUGCGUAGGCCAGUGCUGAUCUUCCAGGAAAUACGCAUACUGAAACAUAACGAGAUGAAGCUUCUCGCGUUCAGGCAAUACGUUGAUCUCGCGAAGCAACUGAAAGAGUUUGAGGAAGCGAAGUUCAAUACGUGGCUUGAGAAGGCUGUAUUGACAAUAACUACCAUCAUGAAAAAGAGCUUAUUGAGGAUGGUGCGCGUUGAACGGGAUUUUCCGGCUACUCUGACCUUCCCGGAUGACCAACAAGUCACGAAGGAUCUUUCACCAGUCCACCCAAUGUCGAAGACAAAGAUUAAAAACGUAGGUUCUAAUCUGUCAACUCCACAUGAAUCUCUAGUGAAACAUGGCGUUGUAAUAUCGAAACCCAGCGUAGAGAUCGAGAGUAUCCCGAGCUCUAGAAUUAUCUCUAUGACUCAGCCGCGUCAGGAAGGGAAGACCGACGCCAAAGGAUCAUCGUUGAAAGAAGCGGGCAAAAGCUCCACUGUGUCUUCUGACAAACACGAUACCCGUGCAAAAAUUACCUGGAAGGAAUUCAUGAGCGGCGCCAUUCUGCUGGAGUGCCAGUUACAGUUUCAGGUCAACUUUGAUUGGGAAGUUUUUGAAGUGAUCAGAGAGGCAGAAUUGAUGGAACAGCUGGGCUUCGAGUUGCCCGCAACCAUCAGAGACGUCGGCAUUCAGAAGAAUCGGUUGAGAACGGACAUUGACGUUAUCGAGAGGUUGAUCGAUCAAUACAAUAAUGUCUUGGAGACACUAGACAAAGCAGACGUGCAGUUGCUGAAGAAAACUCUGCAGGAUGUCGAGAAGCACAUUCAACCUGGUGUAACGCGAUUUAAUUGGAACUCUUUGAGCAUCUCGGAUUUCGCGGCAAACUGCAAUAGAAUAUUAAAGAACUUGAAUUCCACUAUCAAUCAAGUUGAACAGAUAAAAAAGGAGCUUGACAAUCGAAUCAAUUCUGAGCUGGAAUCAUAUCAUCUAUUCUCUACGAAGAAAGAAAUUGCUGAAUCAGAGAUUUUAUUGCCAUGCAAGACCUAUUUUAUGGAAGUAAAAAAUCGAAGGUCCGAACUGGCAUUGUCGAUGUUAAAUGCUUACCAGUCAAUCAGUCCGAUGCUUAUAAAACUGGAAAGCUUGGUGCUAGGUACUUCCACCGGAAAAAGCCCAGCUAUGCAGCUUUUGUAUGAAAAAUAUGAGAAGAAAAUCUUUGCUGCCUUUAUAAUGUGCAUGGUAAGAAACAUGGAGCUUCUGAACAAAAUAUUAAACAAUACUAAACCGAUCUUCCAAGUAGAUGCGAUAUUAAUAGCUUCCGAAGUAGUGUUACGCCCAUCACCCGGAGAGAUCUACAACAUCAUUUGCCAGGACGUGCGAGAUCUACUGGAAAGAUUAAAAGUAUUCCCGAGAUGGAUGAAUGGAACUUGUUUGGAGUGUAAACCACAGAAAAAAGAACUUUCGGAGCAUUUUGUUCUCUUCAGUUUCUUCGAGGAUGUAAUGAGUGUCCGAAUAAUUAAUGAGCUCAUAAAAGUAGUUCAGGACACAGCGUACAGAAUCUCGGUGGAAUGCUCGCGAUAUGUAUAUAGAUGGAAGAAAUACAGUAAUUUAUGGUCAUUUGAUAAGAACCUCGCUUGUGAGAAAUUUGCGGCGACGAAACCCACGCUUAUACAAUACGACGAAAAAUUCACGUUUUACGAAGGCAUUCUGGAGGAAGUCGAAGAUAUGUCGUCCUACUUUGACAUAAACAGUGUACGGCUCAACUUGAUACCGCUCUUAUCAAGCAUCGAGGGUCAAGCAAAGGAAUGGAAACAGGUUUUAGGGAAUUAUCUUCUAUCCGAUACUGUGCAGGCUAUGAAUCAGUUGAAAACUCAAAUCGAGACCUUUCGCAGCGAGAUCGAGCUGGUGGUCACCGGAUUGGAACGUUUCAUGUCGAUCAUGCAGGCGAUCACCGACGUAAGAAAUAUGGCGAUCCAAGCUGAGGUGCAAUAUCUGUCUUAUCAGGAAUGUUUUCGAACAAUGCGCACUCAUGCGAUUGAGUUCUCUUUAUCGGACGAAGCGAUGGCGUAUCAAUUACAACGCAAUUGGGAGUCCUUAUAUCUCGGAGCGUUCUAUAGGGCUUCGACUCUGGAAAGCACCAUCGAAAAAUUUGCCGAAUUGAUCCAAGGUGAAAUCCAGCAGUUCUUAGAUGACACUGUGAAAUUCAUCAAAGAUUUUGAGAUGAAUGGUCCAGGUAGCACCGGGGAUGAUCUGGAGCUUGGACUAAAGAAAAUGGAUGAAUAUGGCAAACAGAUCAACAAAUAUGAAGAAACACGUUUAAACCUAAUAAAGUAUGAAAUCCUGUUCGAUCUGCCGCCCGCUGAUUACUCACCUUUCCUGAAAGUCAAGACAGAUUACGAGAACAUGGAGAAGCUGUACGAUCUCUACAAACAACAGAGACAAGAGCGAGAAAUCUGGGCGAAGACUCUCUGGGUGAACUUGAAUCCCCAGCUGCUUAUCGAUGGUAUGGAACACUUCAUCAGGGAGCUUCGUCGACUGCCGAAAUCCAUCAGGGAUAUGAACGUUGGUCACGCCUUGGACGCGAAUAUGAAAAGCUUCAAAAACUCAGUGCCGCUCUUCAUCGAGCUAAAGAACGAAGCGAUGCGCGAGAGACAUUGGCAAGAGCUGAUGAAAAGAACCGGACAAUAUUUCGAUAUGGAUCCGAACAGAUUUACGUUAGAAAAUAUGUUCGCAAUGGAGCUAGGAAAGUACCAAGACAUUGCCCAAGAUAUUGUGACACAAGCCGUAAAGGAGCUUGCGAUAGAAAGAGGCGUAAAAGAAUUAGCGGAAGUAUGGAAAUCUAUGGAAUUCAACGUCGUGAAACAUUAUAAAGGUACGGAAGAUCGUGGCUUUAUUCUUGGACCACUCGACGAAUUGAAUCUCAUACUCGAGGACAACAUGCUGACCGUGCACAGCAUGGCGGCUUCGCAAUUUAUUGGACCGUUUCUGAGCUCCGUUCAGAAAUGGGAACGGACGAUGCAUACGAUUUCCGAAGUUCUGGAGGUGUGGACGGAACUGCAGCGGAAGUGGUUAUAUCUCGAGGGCAUCUUCGUGGGCGGCGACAUCCGGUUUCAGCUACCGGAUGAAACGAAAAAAUUUGAUGACAUUGAUCAAGCCUUCAAGAAAAUCAUGUCUGAUACAUCGAAGAGACGCAACGUCAUGGAAUGUUGCACGAUUUAUGGCCGAAAAGAUGAAUUCGAAGCUAUGAUAGCGGCUCUUGAGAAGUGUCAAAAAUCCCUUAAGGAAUACCUGUGUAAUAAACGCAUUAUAUUUCCAAGAUUUAACUUUAUUAGCGACGAUGAACUGCUGACCAUUCUUGGCAACAGUAAUCCCGCUGUCAUCCAGGAGCACGUUGGAAAGAUGUUUGAUAAUCUUGAUAAAUUCAAACUAGUACCUGAUAACGCAGACAGAUUGAUAGUAACGGCUCUUAUAUCUUGCGAGAGAGAAGUUAUGGAAUUUAGGAAUCCCGUAGAUACGGAAUAUACCAUUGAAAUCUGGAUGGGUCUUGCUCUCGAGGAAAUGAAGAAAUCAAAUCGAUAUUUGACAAAGAAAGCGGUCUACAAUUACGGCAAGGUACGAAAAGCAAGAACAGAGUGGAUACUUGAGUUUCAAGGAAUGAUGGUUAUCACGGCCAAUCAAAUAUGGUGGACCGCAGAAGUCGAAAAUGUUUUCGAUAAGAUAUCCCAAGGGAAGAAACGUGCUAUGAAGGAGUAUUUACAACAACUCAACGAUCAAUUAGACGAAGUGGUGACACUGAUGGGCAGCGAUAUACUUACGAACAAUGAUAGAAAGAAGAUUGACAUGGUUCUAACUAUCGAUGUGCACAUUCGUGACAUUAUCGAGAUUUUUGUUAGGGACAGCAUUAUAGAACCCACGGAAUUUGAAUGGGAAAGCCAAUUAAGAUUUUACUGGGUUCAUGAUCUGGACAAUAUCUGGGCGAACCAAUGUACAGGCACUUUCGAAUACGGUUACGAGUACAUGGGCCUAAAUGGCAGAUUGGUUAUUACACCUCUGACAGACAGGAUAUAUCUCACGAUCACGCAAGCUCUCUCGAUGCACUUAGGCGGUGCUCCAGCGGGUCCUGCUGGAACCGGCAAGACUGAGACAGUCAAGGAUUUAGCAAAAGCCCUGGGUCUCUUAUGUAUUGUUACUAAUUGCGGAGAAGGAAUGGAUUAUAUCGCGAUUGGCAAGACUCUAGGUGGUCUGGCUCAAUGCGGAGCAUGGGGUUGCUUCGACGAAUUCAAUCGCAUUGAUAGCUCUGUCCUCUCAGUUAUUUCGACCCAGUUGCAAACUAUACGCUCGGCGCUACAAGUUAAAGCUCAAAGAUUUACGUUUGAAGGCCAAGACAUCAUGCUGGACUCAAAGGUAGGAGUAUUCAUCACCAUGAAUCCAGGAUAUGCUGGUCGUACAGAGUUGCCGGAAUCUGUCAAGGCCCUCUUCAGACCGGUGGUCUGCAUAGUGCCGGACAAUGAACUGAUAUGCCAAAUCAAGCUUUUCAGCUCUGGUUUUCUGACAGCGAAGCCGCUCGCUAAGAAAAUGACGGUCCUCUACAAGCUCGCGAGCGAACAGCUGAGCAAACAAACGCACUAUGACUUCGGCUUGAGAGCUCUCAAAUCCGUCCUCAACAUGGCUGGCCAGUUGAAAAGAACUUUCAGUGAUCUGCCCGAGAACAUUGUGCUGAUGAGAGCUCUCAGAGACAUGAAUUUACCUAAGUUCAUAUACGAUGACGUGCCGCUGUUUUUGGGUUUGAUUAAGGAUCUUUUUCCGGAUUUGGAUUGUCCCAGAGUACAUUACCCUGCCUUUAACGAUGCAGUUGAGACAAAACUGCAAGAGCACGGAUACAUCGUUUUACCUGAGCAAGUUGACAAAGUCAUUCAGUUAUACGAAGUGAUGAUGACCAGACAUUCGACGAUGCUUAUCGGCCCUACCGGCGGUGGUAAGACGGUAGUAAUCGAAACACUAUGCAAGGCACAGACACAUCUCGGUAAACCUACAAAACUGUAUAUUUUGAAUCCCAAGGCUUGCACCGUCAUUGAAUUGUAUGGAAUGUUGGAGCCUACGACACGUGAUUGGACGGACGGUCUCUUGAGCAAUAUCUUUCGUGAAAUAAACCGACCUUUAGAUUCCGGCAAGGAUGAACGCAAAUAUAUAGUCUUCGACGGUGAUGUCGAUGCAUUAUGGAUCGAAAACAUGAACUCGGUUAUGGAUGAUAACAAGCUGCUGACUCUGGCUAAUCAAGAGAGGAUCAAAAUGCAGGAUCAUUGCAGUCUACUCUUCGAGGUAGGCGACUUGCAAUACGCUUCACCUGCGACAGUGUCGAGAGCAGGUAUGGUUUACGUUGACCCAAAGAACCUAGGCUAUCAACCAUACAUGGACAAAUGGAUACUAGGCAAGAGCAAUGCAGACCAAGAUUUUCUUCGCGGAAUGUGCGAGAAAUACGUGCACGGCUCGCUCAAGCUCAUUAUCGAAGGAAUGUUAGGUCUUCAAGCGGUCGAACCGCUUCGGAUGAUCAUACCACAAACUGACCUCAAUAUGGUAAUUCAACUCUGCUACAUGUUUGAUGGCUUGCUGUCGUUAAAAGACGAGUCGGCGGAAGUCGGCUAUAAAAAGUCCACGGAAGUCAUUCAAGAGGAAGACAGUUCGCUGAUGGCAAAAGAGGAACUCCUGGAGGCUAUGUACGUUCAAGCAUGUUAUUGGUCAUUCGGUGCGUCUAUUGUAGAUGAUGCGCGUCCCACAUUUGAUGAAUACAUAAAGAAGAUUUAUGGACUUAUGCAAGUCCAAGAUACAUCUACCAAGAUGGCAACCCUUAGAUAUAUACCCGUAUCAUUUCCAACUAUGUACGAUUAUGUAUUGGAUGUCAAGAAAAAAGUUUGGAUGGCGUGGAAAUGGUUGGUACCGACAUAUAUUCAUGAUAGACAAAAAACCUUUUCGGAUAUCCUAGUGCAAACGAUCGAUACUCUACGUACCACAUGGUUGGUGAAUCUUAUGAGCAUUCUGCAGAAACCGGUAUUAUUGGUCGGGGAAACUGGUACCUCCAAGACGGCUAUUAUUCAUGAGUUUCUGAGAAACUUGCCCCCCGAGAAAUACGAGCAACUUCUAAUUAACUUCUCGUCAAGAACCACUUCGAUGGAUGUGCAAAACAAUAUUGAAUCGGUAGUGGAGAAAAGAUCGAGAGAAGUAUUUGGACCACCGCCCGGAAAAAAAUUAAUCGUCUUCAUCGACGACAUGAACAUGCCAAUGGUAGAUAGUUAUGGAACCCAACAACCUAUCGCGCUCCUUAAAUUGCUGUUCGAAAGAGGUGGCUUUUACGAUCGCGGACGCGAUUUAAAUUGGAAAUAUAUGAAAGACAUUUAUUAUUUAGCUGCCAUGGGAGAACCCGGUGGAGGCAGGAACGAAGUCGAUCCGCGAUUUAUCUCGAUGUUCGCAGUUUACAACGUGACUAUCCCAUCGAGCGAGACUCUCAAUUAUAUUUACACGAGUAUUCUAUCUGGUCACUUGCAAACAUUUUCUGAGGAAAUUCAAUCUAUCGCAAAUAGACUCGUACAAUUGAUGUUGGAAAUUUACGAGGUAAUUUUAAAAGAGUUACUACCAACACCGUCCAAAUUCCAUUACAUUUUCAACAUGCGUGAUCUUUCGAGGAUCACGGCUGGACUUCUUCAGAGUCAUCCUAAUUUCUAUCCAGGCGUAAAACAAUUUGUUAGAUUAUGGAGAAACGAGGUCACCAGAGUCAUGUGCGAUCGUCUCAUUAGCGUUCAAGACGAGAAUUUCGUCAUCGAUCAAUUGAUAGAUAAAAUACAGAAUUAUUGGGAAUUAGAGCCAGAAGUGAUUCAGUACAGCUUACGAGAUCCGAUGCUCUACGGAGAUUUCAGAAACGCGUGCAACGAGGAUGAGCUUAGAUUUUACGAGGAUCUGCUAGACUACGAGGCGGUUUACAAUUUAUUCCUGGAAAUUUUCGAUGAGUACAACGAGAGGCUCAGAACCAAGCUACAUAUGGUCCUCUUUAACGACGCGCUUGAGCACCUUACCAGAGUGCACCGUGCACUCCGAAUGCACCGUGGCCACGUGCUUGUUAUCGGUGCCGGUGGCAGCGGUAAGAAGUCUGUGAUAAAGCUAGCAUCCUUCGCUGCCAAUUAUCAGCUCUUCCAAAUCGUCUUGAGUCGCGGUUACAACGAAGCAAUGUUCCGCGAAGACAUGAAGAACCUGUACAACAUAGUCGGCGUAGAGGAUAAAAGGGUUGUAUUUAUGUUUACGUCCGCCGACAUUAAGAAUGAAAGCUUUCUCGAGCUGGUAAACAACAUGUUGGCGAUAAACUCCGUGCCGGCUCUCUUCAACGAGGAAGAGAGAGAUGCGAUUGUCUCUUCCUGCAGAGAAGCAGCGGCUAAAGCGGGCUACGAUAUUUCAAAAAAGAGCGUUUGGUCGUACUUCGUUAAGACGUGCAUCACCAAUUUGCGAAUAGCGCUGGCAAUGAGUCCAUCGGGCGACGCUUUGCGAACACGAUGCCGCAAUUAUCCGGGCUUGAUCAACAACACUACCAUAGAUUGGAUGUUUCCGUGGCCGCAAGAGGCCUUGAUCGCUGUUGCAAACGUUCUUCUCAGAGAUAAUCCGAUGGUGCCGGAGGAAUACAGAGAGAUGAUUGUAAAUCACAUUGUGUACGUACACACAUCCGUAUUGCAAUACGUGGUGGAUUUUGCGACAAAACUGAAAAGACGAAAUUACGUCACGCCGAGGCAUUUCCUAGAUUUCAUCAAUACUUACCUCAAAUUACUGACGGAGAAGAAGAACUUCAUAAAUUCUCACUGCAUGCGUCUUUCCGGAGGAUUGCAAAAAAUCGCGGAGGCUUCGAUGACUCUGAUUGAACUGAACAAAGUUCUGGCCGUGCAAAGGGUCAAAGUGGCUGACCAGACGAAGAAUUGUGAGCGGUUACUCGCGACCAUCGGCGAAAGUGCGGAUAUGGCGAUGGAGAAGAAGAGACUGAGCGAAGAGAAAAAGAAGGAAAUCGAGGACAAGAAAAAGAUAAUCACCAAGGAGGAAACGGAGGCCAAGCAGGCAUUAGCAGAGGCCCAACCGGCUCUUGAUGCGGCUAGACUCGCAUUGAGCGAACUCGAUAAAGCCGACAUCACGGAGAUAAGAUCUUUCGCCACUCCGCCCGAACCGGUGCAGAUCGUUUCGGAAUGCGUCGCGAUGCUUCGUGGGGUCAAGGAUGUAUCCUGGAAAACAGCGAAGGGGAUGAUGAGUGAUCCGGGAUUUUUGAAAAGCUUGCAGGAGAUGAACGUCGACCAGAUCACUCUGAAACAACAGCAAGCGGUACGGACGCACUUGAAAAAGACGGACAAACUGGAUCAAAUGCAGAUCAUCAGCAAAGCGGGAUAUGGCUUAUAUAAAUUUGUUCUAGCCGUUCUGGAUUAUUGCUCUGUUUAUAAGGAGGUAAAGCCAAAGAUGGAUAGAGUCCAGAUACUCGAAACAGAAUCCGAGAAAACCAGACGUGCAUUAGAAAAGGAAGAACGAGAAUUAAAACGAUUAGAGAAAACGAUUGAGGAACUGAAUGCGAAAUACGACAUAGCGAUGACCAAGCGGCAGAAACUACAGGACGAAACAGACCUGCUGCAACGACGAUUGCUGGCCGCCGAUAAGCUCAUCUCCGGACUGUCUUCCGAGAAUGAACGUUGGCAGAAGGAUCUAGCGGUUCUGCAGGACGAUAUGGAGAAGAUAACGGGAAACUGCUUGUUCGGAGCGGCAUUCCUCGCUUAUAGCGGCCCGUUUUCCUACGAAUUCAGAAAUGAAAUGUACAGUGAUUGGCAGAAGAGCAUCUUGGAGAAAGAGCUACCUUUGUCGAAGCCCUUUAAGCUCGAAACUCAAUUGAGCGACGACGUUGAAAUCAGCACAUGGAACUCGGAAGGUCUUCCACCAGACGAAUUGUCCGUACAAAACGGCAUAUUGACCAUGAAAGCAUCCAGAUUUCCGUUUUGCAUCGAUCCACAGCAACAAGCGCUGAAUUGGAUCAAGAAGAAAGAGGAGAAGAAGAAUUUAAAAAUCAUUUCCUUCAUGGACGCGGACUUCUUGAAGCAAGUGGAACUGGCGAUCAAGUAUGGUUCACCAGUGCUUCUUCAGGUUGUUGACCAGGAGAUUGAUCCCAUCUUGGAUAACGUCUUAUCAAAAAAUAUUCAAACCGCUGCAGGACGAACUUUUGUCAUUAUCGGUGAUAAGGAGGUGGAUUAUGAUCCAAGAUUUCGUAUGUAUUUAACAACCAAAAUGACCAAUCCAAUGUUGGAUCCCGCCUUGUAUGCCAAAGCAGUUGUUAUCAAUUAUAUGGUUACCACAGCAGGUUUGGAGAACCAACUUUUAUCAGUCGUCGUGAGAACCGAAAGACCGGACGUCGAAGAGCAACGGGAAACGUUGAUCCUGGAAACGAGUGAGAACAAAAAUUUGGUGCAACAAUUGGAAGACAGUCUCCUGCGCGAAAUCGCCGCGGAUCAAGGUAACAUGGUGGACAAUAUCGAUCUGAUCGAGACUCUGGAUAACAUCAAGUCCAGAGCCAAUGAAGUGAUGACGAAGCUAUUCCUCGCGGAAGUCACUUCGGCCGAUAUAGACAAACUUCGUGAAGGUUAUCGUCCGGUGGCGGAACGAGGCGCUAUUCUGUUCUCCGCGCUGGCCGAUAUGGCUACCGUGAACACCAUGUAUCAGUAUUCUCUGAUCAGCUACGUCGAAGUGUUUAUCCACUCGCUUAAGAGAUCGCUGCCGGAUCCAGUGCUCGUCAAGCGAUUGCAGAACAUCAUUCCGACAUUGACAAAGAACGUCUAUGAUUACGGCUGUAUCGGCAUCUUUGAGCGGCACAAAUUGCUCUUUUCUUUGCAAAUUUGUAUGAAAAUAGAAAAAAGUGUGGGCAACAUAAACCAGAAGCAGCUAGAUUUCUUCAUCAAAGGUAGCAUUGUUUUGGAGAAAUCAUCUCGAGUGAAUCCCACCAGAUGGCUGCCGCAAUCGGGCUGGGAGGACAUUCUCAAGCUAGCGAGCGAUUUUCCGGACAAAUUUGAACAGCUUCCAGAAGAGCUGCGAGAUUACGAAAACGAAUGGAAACAUUGGUACGAUUCGGAUGCGCCGGAAUCGGACGGACUGCCGUCCGAUUAUAGUAAGCGAUUGACGCCCUUCGAGAAACUAAUGCUGAUACGCUGCUUCCGCGUGGAUCGUGUUUACCGCGGCAUCAUCAAUUAUGUUACCGAUAUCAUGGGUGAACAAUAUAUUACGCCACCACAUAUAAGCUACGAUAUGAUUUACGAGGAGAGUACGCCCACCAUGCCCGUGGUCUUCCUCUUGAGUCCAGGCUCGGAUACUACUUCGGAGCUGAUGAAGCUGGCCGAUCGUUACGGCUGCGGCGGUGGAAAGUUCAAAUACCUCUCGCUUGGUCAGGGUCAAAAUAAGAUUGCGAUGGAAUUGUUGGAUGUAGCGAUAGCAAGAGGUCAGUGGUUGAUGCUUCAGAAUUGCCACUUACUGUUAUCUUUCACAAAAGAUCUAGAAAAGAUUGUAGAGAACAUAGGAAAGCCUCAUCCUGAUUUUCGCUUGUGGCUUACCACGGAACCAACUCCCAGUUUUCCAAUUGGAAUACUGCAACAAUCCCUAAAAGUGGUAACGGAACCACCGAGCGGAUUGAAGCUAAACUUACAGAACACAUACAUCAACAUGCGACCACAGGUUUUGGAAAGUUGUUCCCAUCCUCUUUACAAGCACCUAAUUUACGUUCUAACUUUCUAUCACGCGGUUAUUCAGGAGAGAAGAAGAUACGGCAAAAUUGGAUGGAAUAUUAAGUAUGAUUUCAACGAAUCAGAUUUUAACGUGUGUACUAUCAUCCUGGAUACUUAUUUGACAAAAGCACUGGCAACAAAGGAGUCUAGCGUACCGUGGAACAAUCUCAAGUAUCUAAUUGGAGAAGUAAUGUACGGUGGAAGAGUGAUAGAUAGCUUCGACCGUCGCGUCGCUUACACGUACAUGGAUGAGUAUUUCGGUGAUUUUCUGUUUGAUGAAUUUCAACCGUUCUACUUUUAUAAGAAUACUGUCAAGUACGUGAUACCACCGGAAGGAGAUCGCGACGAUUAUUUACAAUUCAUCGAGGAGCUUCCUCUCGUUAAUACUCCCGAAGUAUUUGGAUUGCAUCCGAACGCCGAGAUUGGAUACUUUACGCAUGCAGUUAAGGGAAUAUGGAGGCAUCUCAUUGAACUUCAGCCACAAACCGCGGUAACCGUUAUCGGUAUCAGCAAAGAUGAAUUCAUUGAUAACAUAGCAAAAGAAAUUUUGGUCAAGAUACCUGAGCUAUACGAUAUUAACAAAGUCAAGAAAAAUUUCGGCGUGGCUGUAACACCGACCGCAAUUGUCUUGUUUCAAGAAUUGGAAAGAUUCAAUCAAUUAAUAAAAACGAUAACGAGGACAUUGAAUCAGUUAAGAAAGGCCAUCAUGGGUGAAAUCGGAAUGGACGCGAUGCUGGAAAAUAUUUCCAUGGCGCUUUAUAAUGGUAAUCUGCCCAAAGAAUGGGCCAAAUUCGCACCGGACACACAGAAAAAUCUUGCUGGUUGGAUGGACCACUUUCAAAAAAGAAUAGACCAAUACACUAGUUGGUCUGGUGCGAACGAGCCAGUAGUACUUUGGUUAUCUGGAUUACACGUGCCGGAAACUUACCUGGCGGCUUUGAUUCAGAUGGCUUGUCGCAAGAACAACUGGCCUCUCGAUCAUUCUGUCAUUUACACGACAGUGACGAGAUUCUCCAAGCCUGACGAUAUAGAAGAAAGACCCGAUCUGGGCUGUUAUGUGUACGGAUUGUAUUUGGAAGGUGCCAGAUGGGAUAUCGAGGAGCAUUGUUUGAAAAGAUCACAUCCGAAAAUUUUGAUAGAGGAGUUGCCUAUAUUAACAAUCAAACCUACUGAAAUUCAUAGAUUGAAAUUACAGAAUACGUUCAAAACUCCCGUAUAUAUUACAUUGAACCGGCGAAAUGCCCUUGGUGUUGGUUUAGUUUUUGAGGCAGAUUUGGCGACCCCGGAACAUAUUUCGCAUUGGGUACUCCAGGGUGUUUGUCUUGUAUUAAAUACAGAUUGAUAAAAUGAUAUUUGAGAUCAACGAUCAAACUUUUCUUCAGUACACUUAUUAUGUAUUAAUAUCACAAUUAAUUAAUAUUCAAGAAAAUAAUCGUAGUAUAAACACAAACAAUCAUUAAAUUAUAUUCUUAACUGUCAUAAAAUUUGUCUAUGUUUAUAUUAUAUGUAUAGUUCUAUAAUUUUUUUAUUACACGAGA